AUGGGACGUCUGCCGCCAGAGGAGGUGCGGUUGACACUGCACUACGAUGGCAUGUGCAUCACAGCGACGCACGCUACAUGGCUGCUCAACCACGUGAGCGCAGUGCUCUCCCGCGUGUCGAAGGAAGAGGAGGGGCAACGCGUCGAAGAGUUGUUCCACCCGAGCACUGCAGAAGUCGAUUCCAUUCACGACGCCAUCUAUCGUCCGGCUAUUGCGGCCCCAACCGGAGCAUGCAUCCAUGACCUCAUAUUUUCACAUGCGCAACGCGACCCAAACCGUAUCGCCGUCGCCGCGUGGGACGGAGAGCUAACCUACGCGCAGUUAUGUCGGCUCGCGCGUACCUUGGCGCAGCAUCUCGCGUGGCGGGGCAUCGGGCGCGGCUGCAAGGUCCCGCUGUGCUUUGACCGCUCUUCAGCCGUCAUCGUCGCCAUGCUUGGCGUGCUCACAUCUGGCGCUAGUUUGGUGCUGCUCGAUCCUGCGCAUCCAGAUAGCCGGCUGCGCGCCAUCGUGCAUCGCAUUGGCGCGACGCUUGCUCUCGUGUCGGAGGCUCAUCGUGCACGUUUCUCGGACGACUGCAAUAGUCUCGUAGUCGACCGUGCCUUUCUCGAUGCUCUGGCAGAGUCGGGCCAGCUGGCCGAGCCGGCGUCCAGCGUCACCGCCACUGAUCUGGCGUACAUUCUCUUCACGUCCGGCAGCACGGGCGAGCCGAAAGGUGUGCUGAUGGAGCACGGUGCGUACGUGAGCAGUGCCCAGCAGUAUGGGCGCGCUCUGCAUCUCGAUCAUCACACGCGAGCACUGCACGCUGCCUCAUACGCCUUCGGUGCGGCGCUUGGCGAGACUGUGCUGGUGCUGCUCUGCGGGGGCUGCGUCGUCGUGCCGCAUGAGGAAGAUCGAGCGGUACAUCGUCUCGGUGCGGUCAUGCGGCGGCAGCACGUCUCCUGGACCGCACAGACGCCUUCGGUGGCGCAUGCUGCCGGCCUGCAGCCAUCCCAAGUGCCCUCCCUCAAGACGCUGGUGCUGGCUGGCGAGCCCCUGACGCCGCAGCUGCGCGACGCCUGGGCCGAUUCCGUGACGCUGCUGUACGCAUACGGCCAGAGUGAGACGGCGUCCAUCUGCAGCGUGGCCCACGUGCGCCGAGAAAGCGAUGUUCGAGACCUCGGGCACGCAUCUGGCGCGCGCAUCUGGCUGGUCGACCCCCGUUCCAGCGACGAUGAGCUCCGCCUUGUCCCGCGUGGUUGUCUCGGCGAGCUCGUGGUAGAGAGCACGGGCGUCUGUCGUGGCUAUCUGGCCAAUACUGAUCACGCACGCGCCGCAGCCUUGCCAGUCCCUGCGUGGGCUGCCGCUCGUCGGAGAGCACACGUCAAUGGGCGGCGUCUGGCACCGAAGAGCUUGUUCUAUCGCACCGGCGAUAUGGGCCGGUAUGCUGAAGAGAGCAUGUCGAUUCUGUACUGUGGCCGCCUCGACGACCAGAUCAAGAUUCGCGGCCAGCGCAUUGAGUUGCGUGAAGUCGAGCUGGUUGUAGCCGAGCUGUUCCCGUCCGGCAGUGUCCGUGUGCUCGCCGAUGUUGUGCGUCGAGAUGCCGAUGCCGAUGCCGAUACCGAUGCCGCCGUAGUACACCUCACUGUCUUCCUCGUCACCGACAACACUGACGACACUGACAACACUGACAACGCUGCUCGAGCCCACCAUCCAGACUCCCACCAUGCGCCCAUCAGCCUCGCCACCGAUGCUGGCGACGAGCCCUAUGUACGCAGCCACGUCCGCCCAGAGCUGGCACGGCGAGUGCCCUACUACAUGUUACCAUCACUGUGGCUUCGAAUUCCAUCCAUACCAAAGACAGCGGCGGGAAAACUGGACAGGAAGACUCUCCGCCGCCUGGGCGUGGAAUUCCUCCACCAGCAAGCUGCCCGCAGCCAUACAUCUACAGCAAUGUACGAGCUGCCCAGCACCCCAGCUCAACGUACCUUGCAGCGCCUCUGGGCCCAAGUACUUCCCCAUUCUGCGCACGCCAUUGGCGCUGAUGCCGAUUUCUUCCAUCUUUCUGGCGACUCCGUACGCGCCAUGAAGCUGAGAGCCCUCGCUCGAGACCACCAACUGCGGCUGAGCAUGGAAGACAUCUUCCGUCGACCCAAACUGAGAGACAUGGCCGAAGCCCUUUGCCUGCUACCGCCAGAGAGCAAAUCACUCCACAUCAAGCCGUUCGCACUCUUGGGCGAUGGUGGCGAUAAAGUUGUUGAUGAAGAAGAUUUCUCGGCACGGGCAGCGCUCGCGUGUGGGAUCGCUGAUGAUGAGGUCGAGGACGUAUAUCCAUGCACUCCGCUCCAGGCUGGCAUGAUGGCCCUCUCUUUGGCUUCGUCGCACAGUGGAUACGUAACGCAAUACGUGCUGGAACUGAAGAAGGCGAUUGACGUCGACCGAUGGCUGGACGCCUGGGAAGAGACAAUUCGUUCGCUUGCCAUUUUGCGUACGAGAAUCGUAGCCCUACGGCACGGCGAGCGCGAACAGAUGGUCCAAGUCGUCACUCGAGUCGACAAAAGCGUCUCCAUUGUAUCCGCAUCGGACGAUCUCGACUCCUUUCUGGCAGAACAUCGUCGUUCGCUAGGCUUGGGACAGCCGUUGGCACGCAUUGCUCAUGUGUCGAUUGGGCCCCAAAGCUACUUUGUGUGGACGAGCCAUCACGCCUUGUACGACUCUUGGUCUCUGCGCCUCAUCUUACGCACGGUUUCUCAGCGAUACUUGCAUCUCAGCCCACCCGAAACGCUACCCUUCAAUUCCUUCAUCGGGCAUCUUGUCCAUUCUUCUCGAAAGGACGCAGGGUGGGAAGAUUUCUGGCGCAAAUAUCUCGAUGGUGCUGAAGAUUGCCCAUUCCCACCACAUCUGCCAUCCACCUCCGAGAGCAACACACACCUGCAAAACAGCCUAGAACGCUUUUGUUCUCUGGAUGCAAGCAGAUCCGACUCAACACCUGGCAUAACGAGGGCCACUAUCAUCUACGCAGCAUUGGCAAUAGUACUUGGUAGCUAUGCUGCCUCCCAAGAUAUUGUAUUCGGUGCUACAGUCUCAGGCCGUGCUGCACCACUCUUUGGGAUUGAACAGGUUGCCGGUCCCACCAUUGCUACGAUUCCCGUUCGUGUGCGCCUGGAUGGGAAAGAUCAGAAAGUCACAGACUUCCUCUACGACCUCCAUCGGCAGACUACCGCGACAAUGCCAUUUGAGCAAGCAGGACUGCAGAACAUUUCUGGUCUCAGCCCUAGCGCAGAAAGAGCUUGCGCCUUCCGUACGCAUCUUAGCAUUCUGCCCGAGGAGGAUCCUAUCAUGCAGAUGAGGUCGUUCGGGGAACUGCGCUCCGAAUACCUCACGGAUCCCACCAACUAUCCCCUGCUCGUCCAAUGCGAGUUGCAGGAAGGAGGUAUCCUCACCAGAAUCAAGUUCGACGCCAGUCUUCUCCCGCAUGACGUGGUCGAUCACUUCCUCGGCGCCUUCACACUGGUCCUUCAGCAGUUGGCUCAGACCACAGACACUCAAAAAGUCGGCGAUAUUGAGCUGACCGACGCGCAACAUCCUGAGAGUGUGUGGCAAUGGAAUGAAAAUGUGCCCACUGCCUGCCACACUCUCGUUCACGAAUUGAUAUUUGAGCAGGCGCGCAUACACUAUGCCACGUCGCCAGCCAUCUGCGCAUGGGAUGGGGAACUCACGUAUGGCGAGUUGGAUGUUCUCUCCGACCAGCUCGCGCGAUGCAUCUCCCGACUUGCAAUCGACGUUGGCCAUGAAUGUGUUGUUCCUCUCUGCUUUGAGAAAUCCAUGUGGAUGCCAGUUGCAAUGCUCGGGGUGAUGAAGGCCGGAGCGGUGUCUCUUGCACUCGACGUCACACAACCACAAGGUCGUCUGCAGACGAUCACCAGUCAGGUACGGCGUCGUCUGUUCCUCUGCUCCAACAGCACUGCGCAUCUCGCCAAUGAGCUCGCUUCCUGGGCGAACGAUGGUCGUUCAGAUCAGCAGGCAUCUGUGCUUGUCGUCGAUGAAGUAUUGAAAGAGAAAUCUGUAAACCACGCAGACGCGCUCCCGGUUGCAUCGCGAGGCGUAAAGCCAGAGAAUGCGCUCUAUAUGGUCUUCACUUCAGGAAGUACCGGUGUCCCAAAGGGCGUAGUAAUCACUCACAUGAACUUUAGCACUGCACUAGUUGUACAGAAGGAUCGCCUAGGCCUGAAACGCCACUCUCGGGUGCUUGACUUCUCUUCAUAUGCAUUCGAUAUGGCAUGGCACAAUCUCCUACACACUCUAUAUGCUGGCGCCUGUUUCUGUAUUCCCUCCGAAUCGGAACGCAUCAAUGACCUUUCUGGAAGCGUACAUCGCUACAAAGCGACUUUUGCGAAUCUCACCCCCAAAGUUGCCGACGUCCUCGACACUUCUGCACUCAAUGCGCUGGAGGCACUCGAGGUUGGUGGCGAGCUCGCUACUGUAGGUCAAGCUGAGCGCUGGCGAAAGCACACUCGAGUCAGAUGGUUCUAUGGCCCUGCCGAAUGCUCGGCCAUCUCUUCUAUAUCAGCGGACAAUGUACCUCCCUCCAACAUCGGACCAGGAGGUGUUGGCCUGUGCACGUGGAUUGUAGACCCAUACUCCCCUACUAGGCUGUGCCCUAUGUACGCGGUGGGCGAAUUAGUGCUGGAAGGCCCUCUAGUAGCCCGGGGAUACUACAACGACCCCGAAAGAACGGCUGAAAGCUUCAUCGACUCACCGCAAUGGCUGAUGCAACGGGGUCGGAGAAGCCGAGUCUACCGGACGGGCGAUCUGGUCAAGUACGAUCUCAGCGGUGAUCUUAUCUUCCUGGGUCGGCGGGACGGUCAGGUGAAGAUUCGUGGUCAACGUGUUGAACUUGGAGAUGUGGAGCACCAUGUUACCGGUGUGCUGCGCGAUGAGAGCGGCUUCCCCGACGCCCAGGUCGCUGCCGAGAUGGUCACGCCCAAGGACAGCCGCAACUCCAUUCUGGUUGCGUUCGUCGCACGACCAAAUAAUAUUGCACUCGAGGAAACGAGAGCUCAUUUGGUGAAGGUGGCUGCGUCGAUCUCUCGGCGCCUCUCUCACAUGAUUCCUCCGCAUAUGAUUCCAUCUGGAUACAUCGUGCUCUCGGAUAUCCCACUCUCGUCGACAGGGAAGACACAUCGACAGCAGCUGCGCGAGAUCGGUGCCCGAAUGAAGGCCAUGGAAAUCGUUGGUACGGCCGAAUCAUGCAUGCCCAGCAAGCAGGGACGGCCGCUCUCUGCAACGGAGGCUCUCCUGCGGACUCAAUGGGCCGACGUCCUUGGUCGUGAUGUGGAAGACGUCGGGAUUGACGACACCUGGUUUCAGCUGGGAGGUGAUUCCAUUGCGGCAAUGCGGCUCGUGGCGUCUUGUAUGAGCAAGGGAAUCCCGAUGCAGGUUCAAGAAGUAUUUCGAAGACUAACCAUUGCUAACCUGGCAGCUUGGCUGCAAGAGAAGCAGAAGAAUCUCGGCCCGAAGCAAAGCAGGAUGAAAAGUUUCCAAAUCCGCAAAGACACCGUCAAUGAGCCUUUCGAUCUUUCGCCCAUGCAAAGGCUCUAUCUAUCCUUCAAUCCAACCGCGGAUGUGAGAUUUCAUCAGUAUAUCAACUGCCGUCUCGCACGACCAAUCACCCGAGAGCAGCUGGACGGUGCACUGCUCGUAUUGACGGAGCGACAUGCAAUGCUUCGCGCCCGCCUUCGAGACCGCGAUUAUCACACCACCACGCCUGUUCGCUCUGCGGAUCGAUUCUAUCAGAUCAUUACCGAUGAUUCCUCCAGCUCCUAUCACGUUGAACACCACCAACUCCCCAUUUCGGAAUCCGAGAUAGAUGAGGAGAAAGUGAUCGCGGCAAUUCAGACCAGGCUGAAUGUCACCCAGGGACCGCUCCUUGUUGCAGCACUGCUGGACGUCGGCCAUACACAGCGUCUCUGGCUGACUUGUCAUCAUUUGUUCGUCGACUACAUCUCUUGGGGAAGCAUUCUGGAAGACCUGGAAGUGCUCCUAACUGCAAAUAACCCGAAACUUCCCGCGCUCGUCUCUGUCAGUUAUCAGCAGUGGUGCAAGGCCCAACAGGAAUACGCUCAUGCACAUUUGGACUCCUCCGCACAGGCACUCCUGCCAUUCCAAUUGCGUGCACGCGAAUGCACGUACUGGGCGCCCGAAGCUGCUCCGAAUGCCAUCUCCACGCAGAAUACAUGGGAAAAUUCGGCCUUCGCUGACUUCUUGCUGGAUCCAGCCCCUACAAUGGCUCUACUGGGCCGCUCCUGCAACGACGCCUUGGACACUCGCCCCGUGGAGCUCUUAGUUGCGGCUCUGAUCCAUUCUUUUGCAACCAUCUUCCCUGACCGCGCACAGCCCCUGACCAUCCACAACGAAGGUCAUGGCCGCGAACCCUUCUUGGACGGCCUGGAUGUGGCGAAAACUGUGGGCUGGUUCACAACUCUCUGUCCCAUCCAGAUUGAUGGUACCGCAAGCCAGAGCAUUCUGGACGUCGUCGCACGCGUCAAGGACUGUUUCCGCAGCAUCCCUUCCAAUGGCUGGGCUUUCUUCACCUCUCGCAUGCUCAACGACAAGCGUCCUCCCGAAGUCGAAGAGGUGGUUUUCAACAAUGCAAUCGGCGCUCUCCAGCCAACAGGCGCCCGCAGAAAAGAAGCAUUCCUUCAACCCCUCGACCACGACUUGAAGCAUCCAUGGGCAGCCUUUGCCUCGGAACGCCGCUUCGCACUUUUCGAUAUCGUGACUCGAAUGCGUGGAGAGCGUCUCCAGGUUCUCUUUGCGCACUCCACGCGGAUCAAACAUCAAGAUCGAAUCGCGAGGUGGAUUCUCGCUUACAAACACUCACUCAUUGAGCUCGCCACUGUGCUUCCCACCCUGUCACGCACAUUUACACUGACCGACUUUCCUCUCGCCUUUAAGAACUAUGCGGAUCUCAGUGUGUUUGAGACGACAAUCCUCCCGGCCCUUGGCCUCUCGGUGGAUGAAGUGGAAGAUAUCUAUCCGUGCGCGCCGGUGCAGAAGGGAAUUCUUUUGAGCCAGUCAACACGUCCUGAACUGUAUCGCGUGCACUAUGAGAUCGAACUUCGGCCAGCGGUGGAUGUCGCGCAGCUGCAAGACGCUUGGCAUCAGGUUAUUCGUCGACAUGCGAUUCUACGCACUCUCAUUGUCGCCGACAUGCCCGGGAGCGGAUUUGCGCAGAUUGUUUUGAAAUCUUUCGAGCCGCAGCUGGGCGUGUCAUCAGCUCCUGACGAUUCGUGCGGUAAGAAGCAGCGUCCUCGCCCAGAACAUGAGUUGAUCAUCGAACACGCGGAUGGAACUUGCAUGGCCGUGAGCCUCAAAAUCAAUCACGCGCUCAUCGAUGCUCAUUCAUAUAACGUCCUCCUUCAAGACCUCCAGCAAGCGUACACCGGCCUUGCAUCCCCAACACCGCCUGCGAGUACUUUCAAAGACUACGUCAAGUACGUCGAAUCCCAACCACUGGACGACGCGAGAGAGUACUGGAAAGAACGUCUUUCCAAUGUGGAGCCGUGUAAUUUUCCUUCUUUGGAUGGAGAUGGACCACGUUCUGAAAACACAAAAAUCCUCCAAGUCGAGACGCCACCAAUCGAUCAUGCCAAACUCCAGCGAUUUUGUGAACGUUACAACGUUACCGUUUCAAGUAUAUGUCAAGCAGCAUGGGCAUUAGUACUUUGCGCAUACACAGGCAACAACGAGAGUGCAUGUUUCAGCGUCGCAUCCUCAGGGCGCGAACAUCCAAUUCCCGACAUCGACCGAAUCGUCGGCCCUCUCAUCGUCGCACAGCCCUGCAUUUUUCAACUCCAACAACCCGAGGAACUCACGCUCUUGCAACUCGUCCGCUCAGCACAAGCCGAACACCUUCGUUCCAUGACUCGAAACCUUCUCCCCCUCGCUGAAAUCUUACAUUCCGCUUCCAUCACCACCAUCCCAUUCAACACCGGCAUCUCAGUAACCACAGGGCCCCAAGGCUCUGCACAAGGCUAUGGAAAAGGCCUGUCAAUCAGAACACUCAAGGGCCACGAUCCAACGGACUUCGACCUCACAGUCCACAUCACCGUCACCCGAACUUCCACUUCCAUCUCAUUGAUGUACAGAUCCUCUCUCCUCCACCCUUCCCUCGCCUCUAGUGUCGCCGGCUCACUCUGCGCCGUACUCGAAAGCAUCCUCUCCUCCCCCAACGCAAAAAUCUCUGACGUUGAGAGUAUCGGCUCUGAAGAUCUCCAAAAGGUCUGGAACUGGAAUUCCGACGCACCGCCGAAACAUGAAAGACUCCUCCACGAUCUCGUUGCCGAACAGGUGAAUCUGCGCCCCAAUGCUCUAGCUAUCGAAGCCUGGGAUGGCAAACUCACGUACCGGGAACUCGAACACUUAUCAAACUCCCUCGCGUUGCAACUACAAGAGUUGGGUAUCAAACCCGAGAGUUUGGUGCCGUUGUUAUUCGAACACUCUGUCUGGGUCGUCGUGGCUAUGCUUGGGGGUUUGAAAGCUGGGGGAGCCUUUGUUCCGUUACAUCCUGAUCGAUUGGUGGCGACUCUGGAUCAAAUCCAACCUACCGUGAUCCUGACAAGUCCUCAAUACGCCGAGACACCGGAGUUCGAAUCGUACAAAGUCCUCAUUGUGGGUCCCGAGACAAUCCAGCCUCUACCAACCAACCUCACCACCUCUUCAUCCUCAUCUCCCGAAAACGCAGCCUACACCAUCUUCACAUCCGGCUCCACCGGCUCCCCCAAAGGCGUCAUAAUCCCUCACUCGGCAAUUUGUACAAGCAUCCUCUCACACGGUCCGGUUAUGUCUUUCACCCCAACCUCCCGAGUCCUACAAUUCGCCUCCUAUACAUUCGACGCCUCAAUCCAAGAAAUCUUCACAACACUCGUGUUUGGAGGAUGUAUCUGCAUUCCUGCCUCAAACUCUGAUCUGGAUACCGUGAUCCAAGAGUACCAAAUCACCUGGGCGGUUCUUGCGCCUUCCCUUUCAAAAACUUUGAAACCAGAGACUGUGGGCGGACUGAAGACGCUGGUGCUUUGUGGAGAAAAAGUCACGAAAAACGCAUUACAAGAUUGGACGGGGUUGGAGAAUGUCAUGGUCGGCUACGGACCUACAGAAUGCAGUAUCGUAUGCGUUACAGGACGCGGCACGAUUGAAGAUCUCGAACGGAAAAGUCUGAUUGGGAAAGCUGUGGGGUGUCAUACAUGGAUCGUCCAUCCCGACAAUCUUUCAAAAUUAGUUCCUAUCGGUGCGGUGGGUGAGUUGGUGGUUGAAGGGGAGGGAUUGGCGAGGGGAUACUUGAAUGAUACGGACAAGACCAGAACUUCAUUUUUUGAGGAUUUGGGGUGGUUGGAGAAGAGGAGGAAAGGAAGGGUUUAUAGGACUGGGGAUCUGGUGAGGUGGGGGUUUGAUGGGCGGUUGGAGUUUUUAGGAAGACGGGAUGAACAAGUAAAAGUUCAUGGGCAGAGGGUUGAGUUAGGGGAUGUUGAGGUUCAGCUUCAAGGUUUUUUGGCGGAUGGGAAGGGGAGGGGGAGGGGGAGGGAUGUUGUUGUUGAGGCUGCGCAACUUGCUGGACGCGACUCGUCAACACUGGUGGCGUUUGUUGAGAUAGGAGGAGGAGGAGGAGGAGGAGGAAGGGAGGGUGAUGGUGAUGGUGAUGGGGUAUGCGACUUGCUGCUGGACACGGCACAUCAGGAUUCUCUGAAGGAAUUUUCACAACGAGCAGACGAACACCUCCACCGCCACCUCCCAGCAUACAUGUGUCCAAAACUCUACCUCCCCAUCACCCACAUCCCCCUAACAAUUUCCGGAAAAAUCAAUCGUCGCCUCCUACGCCACAUGGCUUCCACCCUCUCCCAGGACCAACUCACACACCUCUUCCGCGGAACGGGUAGCGACGAGAAAAAACGCAUCAUCCCUCCACAAACCGACUCCGAACGCAUCUUACGUGACUUAUGGGCGCGUGUGCUCGCGAUACCUGCGGAGAAAAUCAGCACCGACGACGCAUUCUUUCGCCUGGGAGGCGAUUCCCUCUCAGCCAUCAAAUUAGCGUCAACGAGCCGGGACUCUGGCCUUAUCCUUUCCGUCCGAGACGUAUUCCUCCAUCCCAUCCUCUCAGCCCUCGCAACAAACGUCCUGCCCGUCCACCCCUCUCCCUCUCCGGAAAAUUCUCUAUCCCCCUUCACCCUCCGUCCCCCAACCCUAACGCCGGAGACCACAAAAUCCCUCGCCGCAUCCGCAUGCGGUGUGCCGGUGGAAACAAUCCAGAAUGUUUUCCCCUGUACUCCGUUGCAGGCGGGUAUGGUCGCUCUCUCCCUCAGAUUCCCCGGGGAAUAUGUGGUUUGCUAUGCGCUCGAGCUCAACGCGGAGAUUUCUGAGGGGAGAUGGAGACGUGCUUGGGAGGAGAGCGUGCGGGCGAUCCCGAGUUUGAGGACGAGGAUCGCGCAGAUUGGGGAGGGGGGGCUUUUUCAAAUCGUUGUCGAUGCCGCUUUGUCGUGGGAAGAGAUUGAUUCUUCUUCGCUAGAGGGGUAUAUUUCGAGGGAGAAAGGGAGGGGGAUGGGGCUAGGUGCACCGUUGGCUCGAUUUGCGCUUCUGAAGACGCAGACGCCGGAGGAGUUGGAGGAGAGGAGGGUUUUUGUUUUGACGAUUCAUCAUGGGGUUUUCGAUGGUUGGUCGUUGCCUCUGAUUUUAGAGGUUGUGGCUUCGUGCUAUCGAGGCUCUUCCGUCCUGCCGCGGACCGUAGGACAUGAUUCUUUCGUGCAGUUUCUGGCACACACUCCCGAAAGUGAGGCGCGGGAGUUUUGGAGGGGCUAUUUUGAGGGAUUGGAUUUUUCGACCUUUCCGACGAUCUCGAAGGAUCCGCAAGGCAGCGUGCAGCCGGGCGAAGUGCAGGAUUUCUGUGUGUUUGAGGGUACGGGGUCGCUGUCGUCGAUUACGGUGGCUACGUUGGUGAAAGCUGCGUGGGCUCUCGUCGUGGGGCGUAAUACUGCUUCUCACGACAUUGUCUUCGGAUGCACGGUUUCCGGCCGCAAUGUGCCUUUGCCGGGCAUCGAGCGCGUUGCCGGUCCUACGGUGGCGACGGUUCCUCUCCGUGUACGCCUUCCCGACGACGCUAUGCGGAUCGAAGAUUUCCUCUCGACGCUCCAGCGCGACGGCGCGACGAUGAUGCCCUACGAGCAGACGGGUCUCGUGAAGAUUGCUACGUACAGUGCCGAGGCGCAGACGGCGUGCACAUUCCAGACACUGCUGAUCAUACAGCCCGACGAUGCGCAGGAGAAAAUGCAAAUGCGUCCGUUUGGGCGUUGGGUGCCUGACCACGGGGCUGCGAGUUCUCGUACGUAUCCCCUCGUUCUCAAAAUCCAGCUGGCAGAGGAUCGAGUGAAGAUUUUGGCGACGUUUGAUCCACGGGCGAUGCGAGAGGAGGAUGCGAGACGUUUGUUACGACAGUUGGUGCUUGUGCUCUCGCAGCUCCGGAAUGCGGGUCCGGAGACUACGUUUCAGAGGAUCGUCAGUACGCCGCUGGAAGACGAGAGGAGGAUUCGGGAAUGCAAUGCUCAGGCUCCGGCUUCUGUGGAUGCGUGUGUUCAUCAUCUCAUUGCGGACCAGGCUCGCGCGCGUCCGAAUGCCGUGGCGGUGUGCUCGUGGGACGGUACACUUACGUAUGGACAGCUCCACGCUGCCUCGGAACGUUUCGCUCGUCGUCUCUGCCGUCUGUCGCCUUGCAGCAAGGCUGUGGUGGCUUUGUGCUUCCAGAAGUCCAAGUGGACGUCGAUUGCUGCGCUGGCCGUCAUGAAAGCAGGCGGUGCAUCAGUCGCGCUUGACACUGCAUUGCCCGCGGGCAGGCUACGCACGAUCGUGGACCAAGUUCGUCCACCGUAUAUCCUCUGCUCGGAGGCGACUGAACCCUUGGCACGGAUGGUAGGUGGUGGUUAUGCGAUUGUGAGAAUCGACCGCGAUGGCAACGACCAGGAACCCCUUCCACCACCGCUCCCCACGCCAUCUCCCGCCGAUCCACUCUACGUCGUCUUCACCUCCGGCAGCACAGGCGUGCCCAAGGGAGUCAUCAUUACCCACUCCAACUUCGCCACUGCCGCCGCACUGCAGCAUCGAAAGCUACACUUGGACACGACCAGCCGCGUCCUCGACGGGGUUUCCUACGCAUUUGACGUGGCGUGGUCCAAUAUGCUGCACUGCUGGCUCGCCGGCGCAUGUCUCUGCAUCCCAAACACCGACGAACUCGGCAACGACAUGGUCUCCGCGAUCACUCGACUUUCCGUCACGUAUGCCCAUCUGACCCCUUCGCUUGCUCGCAUGCUCGAUCCGCGUCGAGUCCCGAGUCUUCGGGUUCUCAGCUUCAUCGGCGAGCCUCUGAACGCUGCGGAUCUUGCGCGUUGGAAGGGUACAGGCGUCACGCUGCUCAAUACCUAUGGACCUGCGGAAUGUACAGUCGUGAGCACUAUCACUGACCCUCUGCCCACGGACAUGGAAGACGAUCCUUCAAUCGGUUCUGCUGUAGGUCUCAAUGCCUGGAUUGUAGAACCGACGCAUGGCCAGUACCUCGUCCCCAUUGGCGCCAUUGGCGAGCUAGUUCUCGAAGGUCCACUCGUCGGCGCCGGAUAUCUCCACGACGCGGACAAAACAAGGGCCGUAUUCUUGGAAUAUCCUGAAUGGCUGGGACGAUCGAGCAGACUCUAUCGCACGGGCGAUCUCGUGCGGUCCUCUCCCGAAGAUCCAAGGAUUUUGACAUUUGUCGGGCGGAAGGAUGGGCAGGUUAAGAUUCGCGGUCAGCGUGUAGAGCUCGGUGAGGUGGAACAUCAUGUCGAGAUGGCGGUGCGGAAGACGCUUGCGUUUCAAGAUGUUCGAGUGGCUGCUGCGUUGAUCACGCCGCGGGAUAUGGUGGAGAGAUCUGUGCUCGCUGCUUUUCUGGUCUGGUCUGGCGCUGAAGGAGAGGGCUUGUCAUCGUCGAAUCAGGUUUUGAAGGCUGAGGCGACGCAAGCGGUGAAUGAUCAUCUGGCGCAGCAAGUCCCAUCCAGCAUGAUCCCCGUGGCGUAUAUUCGGGUGGAGUCAAUCCCUCUCGAAGCUACGGGUAAAGUCAGCAGGCGACGACUAAAGGAAAUUGGAUCCCAAGUUUCGGUCUGCGAAGACACAGCUGAUGAAAAGGCGCCAGAGGAAGCAGCACAACCUUCUACGGCUCUGGAACGAGAGCUUCAGGCCAUCUUUGCACGCACUCUGAAGCGUUCGGCGGAGAGUAUUGGUGUGCGCAGCGAUUUCUUCCAGAUGGGAGGAGACUCGAUUACGGCCAUCCAGGUCGUCGCCGCUUGCCGUGCACGGGGCUUUGGCGAAGGCGUGUCGGUGCAAGAUGUUUUCCAGCGGCGGAAUAUUGCGGAGUUGGCAGUGUUGUUGGAGGAACGAUGCAAGGCGACGCAGGAUGAUGCUCGUGUUGUGGAGGAGAUGCCUGGGCGUGGAAGAGGACACGACGUGAACGAUGACCGACGACGAUUUCGUCUCUCGCUUGACGACGAUGCCAGCGUCGAGUUGAAGAAGAAGCUGGGGCAUAUGGGCCUGGACGUUUCGCAGGUGGAGGAAGUGUAUGCCUGUGCACCAACGCAAGAGGCGAUGCUCCUCCAGCAGGCCGUGGCGCCGGACAUGUAUCGACUGCGACUGGAGUUCGAUGUGCUUCCUUCGUCGGCGGAGCUGCCAGCGGUGAAUGUCGUGCGUCUGCAGCGAGCGUGGCGUACGGUGGUGAAGAGACAUGCCAUUUUGAGGACUGUGUUCGUGGAGAGCGAGCGCGGUUUUGUGCAGGUCGUACUGCGCAACUGCUCGCCCGACGUCGUGUGCGUUAGGGCAUCUCCACCACCACCACCAUCCAAUGCAUCACCACCAACACACGCACCGGCACAACCGCAACACCGCGUGGAAAUCCGCCAGUCCGCCGAUGCCUCGACGCCUGUGAAAUUCAUCUUGAGCAUCAACCACGCCCUGAUGGACGCACACUCCAUCGGACUCCUUGUCCGUGAGCUCACGGCCAUCUACAGCGCUCUCCCCCUGGACCACGACGUCGUGGUGCCGUAUGCGAAGUUCAUUGAAUUCCUCGCGCACCAGUCGUUGGCAGAAGCUCGAAGCUACUGGGCGUCACGUCUCCAGGGCGUGGAAGCAUGCUGUAUCGCUUCCACGGCUUCGGCGUCGUCGUCGUCGUCGUCGUCGACAGUGGCUAUACCGCCCAUUGCUCACGCCCCAUUGAAGCUCUUCUGCGCCACGUUUGGCGUCAGCGUGUCAAGUAUUUGUCAAGUUGCCUGGGCGCUCGUUCUGCGCGCCUUUACGGCUUCGCGUACGCCAUGUUUCGGCGUCGUCAUCUCUGGCCGGGAACUGCCCAUUGAUGGCGUGCAGUCGAUCGUAGGCCCCCUGGUUACGACGGUGCCGUUCGUUGUGCCGUUGGACGACGAUUCUUUGGUGCUGGAGACGGUACGACGUAGUUUCGAUGAUACGCUCCACGCUGUUCGUCAUCAGCUGCUUCCCCUUAUGGAGAUGCAGCAUACCAAUACCGGUGCGUUGUUCGAUAGCGCUUUGUCUGUGACGACUGAGCAUGCCCACGAUACCGAUGUCGAUGCCGAUGCCGAUGAUGCCGAUGAUGCCGAUGUGGUGUUUCGCAGCGUCGGAGGACACGAUGUCUCCGAGUUUGCAAUCGCAGCUCAUGUCGUGGCUGGACAUGAGUCGACGAGAGCGUCGUUGAAUUAUGCCUCCACUAUACCCGACGACUUGGCGUUGAGCAUCGCUGCCGCCUUCAGCGAGGCCAUAUCGAGUCUCACCGCCAUCACCCUCGACGCUCACUCUGCAUUGAUAGGGAAUGUCAACCUUGUCAGCGCCCACGAUGUCGACAUGAUCCGGCAGUGGAAUGCCAUAACGCCACAGCCAGCGCAUCCACCUCAAUGCCUCCACGAGCGCGUGUCCGAAUGUGCCGCCAAAUGGCCUGAGGCGCUCGCCGUCUGUUCCUGGGAUGCCGAGCUCACCUAUCAUGAGCUGGACCAGCGUUCCACCCGCCUGGCUCAUUCUUUGGUACAUCGUGGCGUGGGAGCAGACGUUCGCCUUCCCUUCUGCAUCGAGAAGUCGGCCGCCGCAGUCGUUGCUAUUCUUGCCAUUCUCAAGGCCGGCGCCACUUUCGUCCCUCUAGACCCCCAGUGGCCUGCAGCGCGCUACAAGGACAUUCUGGCUCGUACCGACGCUCCAUUUGUGCUGACGUCUCGCCAGUGCCAGCAUCAUUUGGUGGCGAACGGCGCGCCCACUGUGCUUCUAGAUGAAAGCCCCCAUUCUCCGCGGCUGCCAUUGCCCCAAUGCGACCCCAACGCCGCCGCAUAUGUUCUCUUCACCUCAGGCAGUACUGGCGCCCCGAAAGGCGUCGUGGUCGAGCACAGUGCCGUAUGUACGAGUUGCCUUGCCCUUGGGCCGGCGUUGUGCUUCAAUCGCGAAUCGCGUGUGCUGCAAUUCAGCGCUUUCGUCUUUGACGGCUGUCUCAUGGAAAUUUUCACCACCUUGCUCUACGGCGGCUGCGUCUGUGUGCCCUCCGACGCCGAGAGAGCCAACGACCUGGAAGCUUUCAUGAAUCGCCGCCGCGUCAACUACGCCUUCUUAACACCAUCUCGCACGCGCCUAUUGAAUUUCUCGCGUCUCCAAAGCCCACUCGAAACGCUGCUCGUCGGUGGAGAGCCUGUAGCCAAUGCUGACUGCGACGUCUGGUCUCGUGAGGUGAAUCGGCUGUUGAUCGUCUACGGGCCUACUGAGGCGUGCAUCAUUUGCUUCGUGGCGCACUAUCCAUCGCCAUCCGAGCGGGAGAAAGGGAAGAAAGCCGUGCAAGGCACGAUCGGUCGUGCCAUCCUUCCGAGUAGUCGCAGCUGGAUCGUCGACGCCACCAACUUUACCAGGCUCUGCCCGAUCGGCGCGACAGGCGAACUUCUCAUCGAGGGACCUGUGCUCGCCCGUGCCUACCUGGGUGAUGAGGCGGCGACGAAUGCAUCCUUCGUUCACGCUCUUCAGAACACACUCGGUGCCGAGACGCGGCUGUAUCGUACGGGCGAUCUCGUCAAGUACGAACGGGACGGCACGGUCACAUUCGUCGGCCGCAUGGAUGGACAGGUCAAGGUCAAUGGCCAGAGGAUUGAAGUCGGCGAGAUUGAACAGCACGUCCGGCAGUGUCUUCCCAACGCGGCUGUCGUCGUCGAACAUGUGCACGUCAGGGGACGCUCCUCGGCCCUGCUGGCCGCCUUCAUCCAGGUCGGCGAGGCAGACACCGAGCUCGUUGCUAUACGUCGUGACCAAAUCACGUCGUUUGCGCGAGAAUUGCCCCAGCAGCUCCGUGCACGACUUCCCAUCGCCAUGGUCCCGAAGCUCUACAUCCCGGUGACCAAGGUGCCGCUGACCGUGAAUGGGAAGGUCGAUCGCCGCUCCUUACGCCACCUGCUGUCUGCUCUGGCAGAAGAGGACUUGGCAGACCUCCACGGCAUCGACCGUGAUCAUGCACUUCAUCAACGACCCAGUGGUGCGACGGAGCAACUGCUGUCCAACUUGUGGGCAAAAGUGCUAGGCUGCGAAGAGCGCCUUCUCUCACGUCACGACCACUUCUUACAACUCGGUGGUGACUCCUUGACGGCGCUCAAGCUGUCAUCGGAGGCGCGAAAACAUCAUCUUUCUCUCGCGGUUUCCGACAUUCUCCGCCACCCCAUCCUCUCCGAUAUGGCGCACGCAGCAGGAUCCGUGACGGAGGAGCAUGCAGAACCAUCCUACAUCUCACCCUUCGCUCUCUUACCCGCCGGCGCCAGCAAAGCGCAAAUGCAACGUCUGGCCUCCAUUGCCUGCGAGCUUUCUUCGGAGAGCAUUGAAGACGUCUAUCCAUGCACUCCACUCCAGGAGGGAAUGCUCGCGCUCUCGACGAGCUCGCAGGGUGACUAUCUCGCAUGCUACGUCCUCGCGCUUAGGGAUACCAUUGACCUGGAGCGCUUCAAGAUGGCAUGGCACGCUACUAUCCACUCCAUCCCCAUUCUUCGCACCCGAAUCGCCCAGCUAGGACAUCUCGGCCUCUUCCAGAUCGUACAAGAUCGGAUGGAACUCAAUUGGACCGAAUCGACAUCGCUGCAAGAAUACGUCCGCCACAAGAAGGCCACACCACCGGGCUUGGGUCAGCGUCUUCUCGACGUCGCUAUAGUUGUGGAGGAGAAGAGACGCUUCUUUGUCUGGACGAUCCAUCAUGCGUUGUUCGAUGGAUGGUCUCUGCCGCUGAUUCUGGACGUCGUGGAAGAUCACUAUGGCAAUGGACGCAACUUGCGACCGAUGGCUGCUUUCAAUGCUUUCAUUGCGCAUCUGUGCCGUGUGCAGGACGAGGAUGCCGCGGCAGAGUUUUGGCGCUCGCUUCUCGCUGGCUUUGACUCUUCGCAUUUCCCGUCGCAGGUUCCGAACAUGCUUACCACAAACGACGACGGUGGACGGGGCAACGCGGAGCGCUUCUGUUCCCUGGGAUCCAUAGCGAAGUCAGACUUCACCAUCUCCUCCGUGCUCAGGGCGGCAUGGGCUCUCGUGGUCGCCAGAUAUACAGCCUCUCGUGAUAUAGUCUUUGGCUGUACCGUAUACGGCCGCAGCGCGCCUGUUGCGGACAUCAAUCAUAUUUUAGGGCCAACAAUCGCCACGGUACCGGUACGAGUACAAGUGAACGACAACGCUUCAAUUUCCGAAUUCCUGCGCCAAAUCCAAAACCAGACGACGGCCAUGAUCCAGUAUGAACAAGUCGGGCUGAGGAAAGUCAGAAGUCUCGGAGCAGACGCCGAACAUGCGUGUCAGUUUCAGACAUUAUUGGUCAUUCAACCCAAAGCCGAGAGGAUUUCUCACGACGCACACUCUGAUGAUGAUGAUAGUCCCUUCGGAAACUGGCAGUAUCAGGGACAAGCGCAGAUUCUUACAUACCCACUCAUGCUGCAGUGCGAGCCGACAGCUGAUGGAGUUCGAUUGUCGGCGGCGUAUGAUCGACGAGUCCUUAGCAGCAGUGAUACGGAUGGUCUACUGGACUCACUCGCACAUGUCUUGACGCAGCUAGUCGAAGGAUCGCUGUCGACGAUUGACGACAUCGAAGUAGUGACUCCUGGGCAACUCGACCGAAUCUGGUCCUGGAACGCCCCGGUUCCGACGAGCUGUGAGCAAUGCGUGCACGAUUUGGUGCUGUCACGAGGGGACACUGCACCCGCCAUCGACGCCUGGGAUGGCCAGUUGAGUUACGCACAGCUCGAUGAUGUGUCGAGUCGACUUGCUAGCCGACUCCAAACUCUCGAUCUGACCUACGAACGGCUGGAUUCCCUAUCCAACCGCGUGGCGAGUCGUCUCCACCAGCAUCUCGAUAUUUCUGAUACCUAUGUCCCUAUCUGCUUGGAGAAAUCCCUGUGGGCGCCAGUUGCUAUGCUCGCGGUUCUCAAAUCCGGACGUGCUUUUGUACCUCUGGAUCCGAAACUUCCCCCUGCACGCUGCGAAAGCAUUUUGCAGCAGGUCCGGGCGACUUGUAUCCUCACGUCGUCUACAUGUGCGAGGAGGCUCUUGUCACUGCCAACCUCGAUCACGACAAUCCUGGUGGAUCGCGAGGAAAAGGAAACGGUGAGCGAUGGCGUUUCCGCGACGUUGACGUCUUCCAGCCCGGCCUACAUCAUCUUCACGUCCGGAAGCACCGGUCAGCCCAAAGGCGUGGUCAUGGAGCAUGGCGCCGUCAGCACGAGCUGUCUCGCACACGGAAACGCUUUGGGAUUCGCGACUCCAGGACGAAGGGUGUUGCAGUUCAGUUCUUACGUUUUCGACGGCUGCAUCAUGGAGAUCUUCACGACUCUAAUCUUCGGAGGAUGUAUUUGUAUACCCUCCGAGUCGGAUCGUGGCGACUACGACUGCUUGGCUACGUUUCUGAGGGAAAAGGGUGUCAAUUGGGCUUUCUUGACGCCAUCAGUCGCGCGUUGCCUCUCGUUCGGUCAGCUCUCGGGUUUGGAUGUGCUUGUUGUGGGAGGUGAGGUGGUGACGGAGUCUGAUCGUCAGAUUUGGAGGAAGUUGAAACGCUUCAUGGUUGUCUAUGGUCCUACGGAAGCUUGUGUGAUCUGCAUGAGAGCGGACUAUGCGGAUGGGAAACACGAUCGAGCUAGCAUUGGACGUGCAAUUGAGCAGGGCUGGCGCAGCUGGGUUGUGAAUUCGGGCGACCGAUUGCUGCCUAUUGGCGCCGUUGGCGAGUUACUCAUCGAAGGGCCCCCAUUAGCGCGAGGAUAUUUGGGCGCGGAGGACAAGACCCAGGCGGCAUUCAUCGAGUCUCCGGACUGGUUGCCUAAUGCGAGACUCUAUCGAACUGGAGAUCUUGUGCGCUACACUAACGACGGUGGCCUCAAUUUUGUCGGUCGUCGCGAUGAACAGGUCAAAAUCAACGGGCAGAGGCUCGAGUUGGCGGAGAUUGAACUGCAACUUGCAGAGUGUUUGGCUUUAGCGGAAGCAGUCAUCGUAGAGCUGGUUGAGCUUCGCGGACAGGCGCCGGCGGUGUUGGUGGCAUUCGUUCAACAUACCGUCGUUGCCGCUGAAGGGGUCGUUACUCUGGACGAGACCAGGAUACCUACGAUGGCUUCUAUGAUGGGGGAGCUCGAGGUGCAGCUCCGCGAUCGUCUUCCCACCUACAUGCUCCCCAAGCUCUACGUCCCUCUGACGAGGAUUCCACUCACCACCUCCGGCAAGGCUGAUCGUCGCCUCUUACGACAAUUGGGAUCGGAUCUGACGGCUCAGCAAAUCUCUCUGCUUCGAAGCCAUCCGCAUAGAACGCCACCCAGUACGAGGACUGAAAGGCUCCUGGCGGACCUCUGGGCACAGGUCCUCAAAAUCGAUGAUGAAGCAGAAAUCAGCAUCCACGACGAUUUCUUCCAGAGCGGUGGCGAUUCCAUCUCAGUCAUGAAGUUCGUGGGCCUCGCACGCGGGAAAGGGCUGUACCUGGAUGUGCGUGAUGUUUUCGCCAACCCAACCAUCCAUCUCCUCUCACCCAUCGUCGAGAACG